AAUAAAACCCGGGACCUUAAUCAGGAUUCCCCAUUUGAAAUUCCGAAUAACCUCGAUUAGAACAUAAAUAAUACAAUACCGAUCACGUCCGCCAGUAGUGAAUCUAUGUCAUUAGAAUAUUUACCUAUACCUGAAAUACCCAUGAAAACAAGGCGAUAGAACGAUUUGUAUGGAAUGGCUUUGAAAAGCACCUGUGUACAUGUUAAGUACAUUAGAAUAAAUAUUUUUGGCUUAGAAUCUCGUAAACAGAACCACGUUUUAGGAAAUGAAAAAUAAACUUUAGGGAUUAAGUAAUAGAGCUGUUAUUGGCAUUAAAAUACUUGUACUUGAAGCAUUAAAGCUAUUUACACUUAGAACAAUACCUACUUUAGCAUUAGAGGUUUUAGUUAUUAAAUACAUUACGAUCAAGUGAACAUUCUGUCUAGUACCUAGUACUCUUGAAAAGAGAAUACGGAUUUCUCAUAGAUUUACUUCACAGAUGUCGCAGUAGCUGCGCUGUAAAUCGAGUGAUUGAUUAAUUUCAACAAAGAACUACAAUUUCUGUAAACAGCAAAUUAUUGUUUCAGGUCUGGUCUGAAUGCGUUUUUAAAUAUUACCAUAAAGGAGAAGAGCUUAGUAAAAGAUAACCUAAAAUCUAAAGUUAAGUAAUGAUUCUAGAGACAGACAAAUACAACGAGGAAAACAAAAUAGAAGACAUCAUCAAAAAUAGAUUCCAUUUGAGUUUAAUAUACUUUGAAACUAAUUGAAAUUAUGCUAAUAUUUGGAUAAACAAUGUGUUUCAAAACUAUACACAGUUUGUAAGGAAAAUAUUACUCAUCGUUUAUUUACAAAGGCAUAAAUAAAGCCAGUUGCUGAUAUAAAUACAGAUGUUAGUCUGUCCAUUCACAGUUCCAAUUUUUGUACAGCGAAGAGAGACACCAGAACCAAAAUGUUCAGAAAACUAUUCCUACUGGCUCUCGUCGUCAUGAUGUUUGGAUACAGCAUGCAACAGGGGUAUGGUAAUGGUGGUGCUGGCGCCGGUGGUAAUGCAGGUUUCGGUUUCGGGUUAAGUGGAGGCGCUGGCGCAGGGGGUGGUGCUGAUGGCAGCGCCGGGGGUGGAGCUGGUGGUAACAGAGUGAAUGGAAGCAAUGCUGGAUUUGGUUUCGGUUUUGGAGGAGGUAGAGGCGCGGGAGGCGCAGGAGGCGGUUUCGGAAAAUGAAGAACUGAUAAAUUAUGAGACGAAAAUGAUAAUAAGCAUUCUUAAUAUAAUAUUUAUUAAUAAAUUGUAACUCUAAA